CGGGCGUGGAGAGCUCAAGUGCGGGGCAUCAACCCCGGACCCCAUGGGGAGAUACCCCAGAUUUGGUCCUUUCGCCGACGAUGACCCAACCAUAAUUCACCGUUCUCUUGGGACGUAAGCUCCAAUCACAAGUAAUAAUAGCCCUUGUGACUUGUAUCUGUGGAAAGAUAAGAGCCUCUUCAUUCGUUAUGUUUGCUGGACACUUCCCCUCUUCUCAUCCCUCUUCUCACGAUUUCUUCCUACAAAAUUCCUGCUCUUACUAACUGGUUUCUCUCAUUUGAGUGAAGUUACAGAGAACACUGCUUUUCGGUCUAUCCAGGCUUUUGAGAGCCAGGGGUCGUGUAUCUUGAAUCCGUGGGAACCAGCAAGCAACAUGGACAUAAAAGGACGUGAAGUUGAAGCUGUGGAAGAUGUAGUAAUAUCCAAGCACCCACAAGAGGAUAUCAAACACAAGGAUAGAGCUGCUGAAUACCUCCAGAAUGCAAAUCAAAGUGUGGUUGUCUCCCCAGAGGAGAAUAAACGAAUCUUGCGCAAAAUCGAUCUCACAAUCUUACCAACUAUGCUUGCCGUCUACUUCCUACAACAGCUGGACAAGUCAACAUUAUCUUACGCCAGUGUUUUUGGAAUGGUAGAAGAUGAUAAGCUCAAGGGAGAAGAUUUCUCAUGGGUACGCAAUCGCAAUCGCAGUCCAGAUUAUUCUACUUUAACGCUUUCCUAAUUUGCACAAAACAGCUUGGGUCCAUUGUUUAUGUCGCACAACUCGUCAUGCAACCUAUAAUAGCGUUCUUCUUGGUCAAGUUACCAACCGGAAAGUUUGGAGCUACGAUGGUUUUAUGUUGGGGCAUAGUGCUUGGCUGUAUGGCUGUUGCCAAAGACUUCAAAGGAUUACUUGUGACUCGUUUGUUUUUGGGCAGCUUUGAGGCGGCGGUUGGUAAGUGAAUGCCUGUCAGCUAUGUCAAGUCUAAUUAUCUUCAAUAGGGCCAACUUUCCUUGCUAUCACUGCAAUGUGGUGGAGACGUAGUGAGCAGACGAACCGAAAUGCUGCUUGGUAUGCUGUAAGUAAGAUCUUGGGGAAACUUUCCCUGUUGUAGGCGUUUUAGAGAUAAGGCUGGCCUUAUUUUCGAGCCACGCUUGAAGCCUUUCGAGUAAUCUUUAAAAGAUGAGGCUGACUCCGAGAUACUGUAGAUGAAUGGUGUCACGAAUAUGGUAUGAAAUUGAGAUUCGUUACCUUUAAAUAUCAACUAACACGGUUCAAAGGUUGGCAGUCUCCUCGCAUGGGGUCUUGGUCACAUUCAUUCCGAUACUAUGUAUUCAUAUCAAGCACGUUAUUCCUAUGCUCAAAGAAUCUGAGUAUGUACCUGCUAUUAUGCUUGAAAGAUCAUAUUCCUAGCAUGUGGACUGCUUACCGUAGUCUUUUCAAUUGUGGUAUAGUGAGUAAUUGCCCACAAUACCUCCUUUCUGUCUUCUAUCGGUUCUCCAAUCCCAUUAAAUUGACACGUAACAGCCUCUACCUGCCAGACGAUCCUAUCACUGCCAGAUUUCUUAGCGAAGAUGACAGGUUGUUGGCAAUAGAGCGUCUUCGAGACAAUCAAAUGGGCGUAGUGUCAACUGAAUGGAAAUGGAAGCAUGUUGUUGAAAGUCUGAUGGAUUCGAAGAGUUGGUUCUGGUUUGCUUUGAUAUUUUCUAUCUCGUAGGAACUUCUCAACCCCCACUCUCACAAUAUCGUUGCUAACACGCUCAGAAUUCCAAGUGGAGGCAUCACGACCUUCGGGCCUUUGAUCAUCAAGUCUUUUGGAUUCGACUCCUUCAAGACAAUUCUUUUAAACAUACCAUUUGGUGCAGUGCAAAUAAUUGCAACAAUGGGUGGAGCAGCAUUUGCAACUUACACGAAGAGAAAAGCACUCGCUUUGAUUGCUUUAUGUAUCCCACCCAUCGUUGGCUGUGUGGUUCUAUUGUGUAUUCCACAUGAACCGGCUCAUAAAGGACCACUUCUGGUUGGAUAUUAUCUGGUCAGUAGCAUCCCAUUACUGACAUUGUGGUCUUUUUCUAACUAUUCAUAGAUCUCGGUAUAUCCUGGAAUAUGUAAGGUUUAGUAGUCAAAUGGAUUAAAGUCCCUGAAACUGACUCCUUUAGCACUUCUCAUCUAUUCAUGGUCAACCCAAAACACUGCCGGAGAAACAAAAAAGAAGGUAACCACUGCCCUUAUUUUUAUUGGUCAAAGUGCCGGGAAUGUAAGCAUCCCUACAGAAUCUUAUCUGCGAUUCCCCUAACUCUAGAAACGGAUUAUUGGCCCACACCUCUACACCCCAGGGGAGGCACCCGCUUACAAACGCGGGCUUACCUCAAAGUACGUCUCUUUACCCUCAAGCCCAACAUAUUUUUAACUUUCAAUAGCCUGGCUCUAUUUAUCAUUCUAAUCAUCCUCAUCGUGUACGUCUUGCUGACUUUUCUCCUCUUUUCAUCACGAACUAACCAAGCAACCCCCUAUCAGUCUUACAAACCUCUACCUCAUUUUUCUCAAUAAGAAGCACGCAGAGCGCAGAGUAGCAGUCGGUAAAUCCGCAGUGGUUCUUGAUAGAUCCAUGAUGAAUGUUCAAGAAAGAGCCGCAGAUGGAGGUGAUACUGAUGAUGUUGGCACGGAAGGAGCCAAGGCAUUUGAUGACUUGACGGAUAUACAGAACGAGAAUUUCAUUUAUGUUUACUGACACGGCUAGCACCAUGAUAGAGAUCAUCUUUGAUGGUGUGUUGUCGCUUGAGAGCCGAGACAUGAAUGUCAGCUAAUGGGUCUGUC